AUGCAUCCACGUCAGAACUAUUCGGGCCGUACGAAUUUCGGGCACUUGUUGAACCAAAUGAAUCAACAAAACCAACAACAAAACCUCACUCGACCGACGUACCCAAACUUGAGCAACUCGUUUGUAAAUGUCACUGUUGAUGAAUUCACGCCACCAGGCUACCCAACAUCAUCAAAUGCUACUCCAUAUUCGUCAUCGACCCCAGGACCGGGUUACAAUUCGGAUUCAAUGCCACCGCCGUUUAUUGGAGCACCAGUGGGAGCUGCUCCACACUACCGCCUGAUGGCUGAACUCAAAAAAGCUCAUACAAAAAGCGUUUCUGCUCUAAAGUUCUCACCGGAUGGAAAAUAUCUUGGAAGCUCAUCGGCUGAUGGUAGCGUCAAGCUGUACAACAUGGCCACUGUGACUUUGGAGAAAAUUCUUCUCGGACACAAACUCGGUAUCAAUGAUUUCGCGUGGAGCUCCGACUCGAAACAGAUUGUCUCUGGAGCGGAUGACAAGAUUCUAAAAAUCUACGACGUUCUCACAGCGCAAUGUGUGAAGAAUCUUAAAGGGCACACCAGUUAUGUGUUUUGUUGCAACUUCAAUCCACAAAACACCCUCGUGGUGUCCGGAUCAUUUGACGAAUCGAUCAGGAUUUGGUGUGCUCGUAACGGGACUUGUAUCAAGACCAUACCAGCCCACCAGGAUCCUGUGGUCGCUGUUUCCUUCAAUCGAGACGGCAACAUUAUUGCUUCCGGAUCCUAUGACGGCUUCAUUCGUAUUUGGGAUGUGGCCCGCGGAACUUGCUCCAAGUCUCUGGUCGAUGAAAUCAAGCCACCAGUGUCCCACGUCAAAUUCUCACCAAAUGGAAAAUACAUUCUGUCCGCAAGCCUCGAUGGUGUAAUAAAGCUCUGGGACUACUACAAAGGAAAAAGUUUAAAGGAAUACAACGGUCAUCUCAACGAGAAGUACUGUAUUGUGUCAAACUUCUCGAUCACUGGAGGAAAAUGGAUAGUGAGCGGAUCUGAAGACCACAAAGUGUAUAUUUGGAAUAUACAGUCGAGAGAAGUGGUGCAAGUCCUGGAAGGUCAUUCGACACCAGUGAUGAGUACCGACUGUCACCCGCUACAGAAUGUGAUCGCCUCAGCUGCACUGGAACCGGACCUCACUAUCAAGAUUUGGAGGUCAGAUAAUUAA